GGAAGUGGGGCGGUACUGCUGUUUUGCUGUCGAGUCACCUCUGUCAGGAUGGAAGAAAACGAGCUGCUGUCAUGCUGAUUAACGAAGGAUGCCGACAACAGACCGUCACAAACCUGGGAUAGUUCGUGUAAAUUCGACGUUUAGCUUAAAUCGCCGCAUCGUUUUCUGCAACGCUUCGGCAAAAUGAUGGAAGAAAUCGACAGGUUCCAAGUGCCUCCAGUUAACGGAGAGACACAGCCUCUGGACCCAGCAGCAUCUUCCACCUCAGAGGCAGAACCUGACACUAAGGGAGAGAGCGUAGCCCUGAACUACAAGCCUUCACCACUGCAAGUCCAGAUAGAGAAACAGAGGGACCUCGCCAGGAAGGGAUCGGUGAAGAAUGGCACCGUGGGAAGUCCUGUCAAUCAACAACCCAAGAAGAAUGCCAGGACAAGACUGGUGGUGCCAAACAAAGGCUACUCCUCCUUAGACCAGAGCCCAGAUGAGAAGCCUCUGGUAGCACUGGACACAGACAGUGAUGAUGACUUCGACAUGUCCAGAUACUCCUCAUCAGGAUAUUCCUCAGCCGAGGUGAGAUGUCUGAGGGACCAGCAGAUCAACCAGGACCUGAACAUCCAGCUCCUGAAGGACGGGUACCGGCUCGAUGAGAUUCCAGACGAUGAGGACCUGGAUCUGAUCCCUCCAAAAGCGGUCAAUCCCACCUGCAUGUGCUGUCAGGCUGCUCCCUCCACAGCCUGUCAAAUCCAGUAGCACUAACCCCAGAUUCACAAUCUCCUCCCUGGCACAUGUAUUGAGGCCAACUACUGACCAGAGUGGCAACAAGGAAGAAAAUUACUGGCUGACAAAGGCACAAAGGGAAAAACAAGGGUUUAUAAAUGCUAAAAUUGAAUAUGUACGAUAUCUGUGCAUGUUCCUCCUAUGGUAGGAUCUGUGCAUCUUACUUCUGCGUUGGUUCAAAAGGGACUCGACUGAUGGCAGAAACAUUACCUCCAAGAGAAACAUGUGACUUUUGCUUCUCCUUCAUUUGACUUCCAUCUCUUCGCUUGUGGAUGUUCUGGCUUAAAAGGACUGUGGUGGUACAACAGUGGUGAAGAAGAAAAACAGUUAAAUGAGAUGAUAGGAGCUCAGCCAAAUACGUGUAAUGGUGACAGGUUGUGAAUACCUUCUCAGUGGCCCAUCUAAGGAGAUGACUUCUUCUCCUGGUGUAUAACCGGUGGUCGUAUACAAAGGACAAGAAGAGAUUGGAAGCUCUGUGGUGGCCAUUGUUUUUUUCUUUUUUUUCUUUCAGCCAGUCUGCUUUGUCUUCCUGUGUAUAUAUGUGUCAAACGUGAAAAUGAUGUGUCCGAUUAAGCCUAGGAACAUAGUGCUAAACCAUCAAGCUGCCGAUAGAACACUAACGCUUACGCCAAGGUAGUGAUCCAGAUUUUUUUUCUUUUUUAAUUUCACAUGUUUAUCUGUAACACAAAGAUUGUACUGGGCCAUUGUUUUAUAUUUAGUUAAAAGAAGCUGAAAAAUGCAUGUUGCCUGUUAACACUGUGCCCAGCUGACCAGCCUGCGCAAAUAAUUUAUGAGUUUUUAUUGACCCCUUUGCACAUCCUUGUGCCGAGGAGAUGUAACGCGUUAAAAAGCAUAGUUAAUCUUAUUUAGGUUCACGUACUGUAAUAUCAGUAAAUCUAGUGAAACCAUUCUGAUAAUGUCAGCUCAUGAGUUAGCGUGUACUUAAUGUGUGUUUGUCUGCAUUAGCCUCCCUCAGUGACAGUUCACAUACACUUAGGAAAGUAAUAGAAAGAGAAGGGCUUAGAACUGUGUGUGAUACACUGGUGGGUUGUAGUUUUGGUCACACAUACUGGCUUCUGAAGGAUGUUGAAGUGACUCCAUAUUGCUUAUUAUCUUUUCCCUCUAUUUUUUUUUUUUUGCUUUUUAUUUUGUGUCUUUAUUUUAAAAUUUUUUUUUUUUUUUGUAAAGUAAGAAAUGUGUUAAUAUUCCCUGAGUAACAAUGUAACUAAUUUAUCUGAUGUGGGGACAGAAUCUGUACAUGUAGCGUCAGACGCAGCAGCGUGUUUUCAGUGCUUUAUGCCAUUCAAUAUUUUCGAGUUCAGUAGGAUUUGAUCUUUGUUGUUUAAAUGUACUGAAAGAGCAUUGUUUUUCUUUAUUUAAAAAAAAUGUUUUCAUUACUCUGAAGAUUUACGGAACUCUACAGAUAUCAUCUUUUUUUUUUUUUUUUUUGUGGUUGAUGGUAACAGUCGCUUGAAUGAUAAUCGACUCUGAAAGAAGUCACUUCACUUCUAAGUAUGUGUGCACUUUACAUUGCAUUGCGGUGUAUAGUAACAAAAAAUAAUGUCUAUUGUUCAAGGAAUUACAAAUACUGUGUGCAGCCACAGUGAAGAGCCUCAUUUUGAAUAUCUUUUAGAUAUGCGACUGUGUUUCUGUCAAGGCUGACAAUUUCUUUUAUGGUUUUAUGUGUUGAUAAUGAACGUCUGCAAAAAGCAGCAGAAACAACUCUAAAAUAUUGAUGUGAUUGGGGAAUCGGUGUAUAAUGUUUACCUCCUAAAGGACUCUAUUUUAUUUUUUUAUUUAUUUUUUAAAAACUUUUUUUUAAAGUUUGCAGUGGUGCCAGAUCUACAAAACUAAAUGUACAGUAUGGGAGGUCAAGAUAAGAACCUUUGCAUUGCACAAUAUACAGGAGUAGUACUGUAUUUAUAGCAUAAAACAACUAAACCUUCAUUGGAUAGAGAAAAUUAAACUGAACUGUUUAUCAGAGUUAACAAUCCAAAUAAAAAUCUGAGCCAAUAAGAAAAUAUUGCUUAUCCCCAUUAACCCCGAUAGAGCCUCAGUGUUGCUGCAGCAUUUGGUUCAGACAGGUGCACACAAGUCUAAAAAGAAUUUACAUUUUGCAAAAAAAAAAAAAAAGUGCCAUGUAUUUAGACAACUUGCAAAAAGUAGAAAACUCCAUAAACAGCACAGUAGGUCAUUUGAAGUGUCACCAGUGUAGCUAGUAGGUGAGGUGAUAAAUGCAGCGUUAACAUAUAUGAUGAGGGAGUGACUGUGUGAUUGACUGUGGAGCUGCAUUUUUAAUUUUUUACCAUUAACAUCAUCCUAAUGGAUUUUCACACAAGUCAUCACAGUCGUCUUCUAUUGAGUGCAAUACUUGUGGCUAAUGUACAGAUUAAGGUGUAGCUGACUUCUUCACUGACUUCUUGAGUUUAGAGUAAUUUGUUGUAACUGAAGCUAUUUAUUUGCAGUUGUGUGUUUGUCAUUUGUUUUCAUGCGUGGGGAAAUAAUUAAUACGCAGACUGAAGCUUUUUAUUUGUCCGAUGCUUGUUAUGAUGAUUAUGAACAGGUUCCAUUUAGAUUUUAAUAGUGUUAAAGUUCUGUGUUUAGUACAACAUAUCAAAAAAAUAAAUAUUAGAUAUCUCAAGUU